CAGCCGGUAGCUGGGAGGGAGCGCGCGGCGCGAGACCCGCACACACGCACGAAAGGAUGCGAGUCAUGCUGUAGCCGAGCGGACCGGCCCAGCCGUCCCGAUGUUCCGGUGUCCGAACAGACCGUUCCUCUGCCUGAGACGUGCUCCGAGCUCAUCCCGGGGCUCCCAGACAGGACCGGGUGAGAAGAUGGGUAACGAAUCGAUGAAAUCAAAGCGUUGCAAACACGCCGAAGGCUCAGCUUUAGCUUCCAACGGCCAAGUCCAGAAAGAUCCUCGUGGCGGGAUCAAGAACUUGUCGGUGGAUUCCCUGAGGGCCGAGGUGGAGGAGCUGGAGAGGGAAGUGAAGAGGAAGGAUGAAGAGCUCAGUGCCAAAGAGCUUCAGAUCAAAGGUCUCCAGGAGCAUCUGGCCAAGCAGACGCAGGCUGUGUCUGAGCUGAGUGAGGAGCUGCAGAGCAAGUGCAUCCAGCUGAAAAAGCUCCAGGAUGUGAUGAAGAGUGGAGCCCCAGCCGGGCUCGCUUCAAGGCCCCCCUCUGUUAAAGCCAGCAGCAGGAGCAGCCCCAACCUUAGCGUUCGCAUCAAAGAAACCUUAAACCGAAGGAAAGGCGCCAAAGCCGGGGUGUCGGCCGAACCCACGUCCAGCAGCCUCCCAAAGUUCUCCUUCGAGAAGGCUCGGGUACCCAAGGAUGCCAGUGUGAAGAAGCUGCUGACCGACGCCCUGAACAAGAACCAGUACCUGAAGCGGCUGGAGCAGCAGCAGAUAAAGGACAUGGUGGAGUGCAUGUACGAGUGCACCUAUCAGCAGGGAGAGUGCGUCAUCCAGCAGGGCGAGCCGGGAAACCACCUGUUUGUCCUGGCAGACGGGAAGCUGGACGUGUUCCAACAUGCCAAGCUGCUCACGUCCAUCACGGUGUGGACGGCGUUUGGAGAGUUAGCCAUCCUGUACAACUGCACGCGCACCGCAUCAGUUAGAGCUGUGAACAAAGUGAGAACAUGGGCUUUGGACCGGGAAGCGUUCCAGAACAUCAUGAGGAGGACGGCUGAGACGCGACACGAACAGUACCGUAGCUUCCUCCGAAGCGUUUCUCUCUUGGCCGAUUUACCAGAUGACAAGCUAAGCAAAAUAGUGGACUGCCUGGAGGUGGAAUACUAUGACAAUGGAGAGUACGUCAUCCGGCAGGGAGAGGAGGGCAGCACUUUCUACAUCAUCGCACAGGGGAAGGUGAAGGUGACCCAAACCACCGAGGCCCACAAGCCGCCGCAGAUCAUCAACACGCUGCAGAAAGGAGACUACUUUGGAGAAAAGGCACUCAUAAGUGAUGACCUCAGAUCAGCCAACAUCAUCGCUGAUGAGAACGGGGUGGAGUGUCUCGUCAUCGACAGGGAGACAUUCGAUCAUACGGUCGGUAACUUCAACGAGCUGCAGAAACAUCUCCAAGGCUACGUGGCAACGCUCGACCGUGAUGACAAGAAGAGACAUGUCAAGAAGUCUGUUUCGCGACACCAGAGUAUGCCGCUGUCCCCAGGUUUCCUCCAGCUGAAGGACAUGGUCUCAGUGUUUUCUCCGUCCAAGCCCUUUGAUCAGUUGGAGGUGGUGGCUACUCUUGGAGUUGGCGGGUUUGGUCGAGUAGAACUGGUGAAGGUGAAGGACGAGGACAUCACCUUUGCUCUGAAGAUCAUCAAGAAGAAGCAUGUUGUAGAAAACAGGCAGGAGGAGCACAUCCACUCUGAGAGGAGGAUACUCGCGGAGGCGCGCUCGCCUUUUGUUGUUAAACUUUAUCGCACCUUUAAGGAUAACAAAUACGUGUACAUGCUGCUGGAGGCCUGUUUGGGCGGAGAGAUCUGGAGUCUGCUCAGAGACAGAGGCAGCUUUGAUGAGCCCACGGCCAAAUUCUGUGUCGGUUGUGUGACAGAAGCUUUCGAGUAUCUCCAUCGCAAAGGUGUGCUCUACCGGGAUCUGAAGCCGGAGAACCUAAUGCUCGACACGGACGGAUACAUUAAACUGGUUGACUUUGGAUUUGCCAAAAAGAUCCGAUCCGGCCAGAAGACCUGGACCUUCUGCGGCACGCCGGAAUAUGUGGCUCCGGAGAUCAUCCUCAACAAAGGACACAACUUCAGCGUUGACUUCUGGGCUCUGGGAAUUCUGGUGUUUGAGCUUCUCACUGGCAGUCCUCCAUUCUCAGGAAGUGACCAAAUGAUGACCUACACGUUCAUCCUGAAAGGCAUCGAGAAGAUGGACUUUCCCAAGAAGAUCAGUAAGAGACCCGAGGACCUGAUACGUAAGCUGUGCAGGAGGAAUCCCGCUGAGCGACUGGGAAAUCUGAAGAAUGGAAUAACGGACAUCAAGAAGCACCGGUGGUUUAAUGGCUUCAACUGGGAGGGGCUGAAGGCCAGGACGUUACCGUCGCCACUCAGAAGACAGCUCUCUGGACCAACGGACUUCAGUUACUUUGACAACUACCCUCCAGAUGACGACAGUCCUCCUGAAGAGCUGUCUGGGUGGGACAUGGACUUCUGAGGAUUUCUGCUCUUUUUUGAACGUUUAGUUUCAUCGGGUGAAAGACAUUAAACGUCUGAGACACCUGGGCACCAGUCGAGGACGACAGUUCUUGCCCUUUAUGUAACCGUUGCAACAUUUUUAUUUCUAAACUUAGAAAGGGGAAGCAAAGCAUCUUCAGGUUUUUAUCCCACUAGAACCCUUCUAGUUCAUAAAUCCGACUGACUCUAAACAAGUCCUUCUAACCCUGAUUCUCCAAAAAAGCUCCGUGCAGCUACCGGAUCUGCGUGGCAAAGCUUGACAGGAACAGUUUAAUAAAAGCCUCCGCAGGCGUUUACAGGUGUGCAGAAUGAAGGUACAGUAUUUUAUACUUUACCCUCCCACUGUCUUCACCAGGAAAGUUGACCAUUGAGCAGGAUUGAUGGUUUAUCCCUUGAGGUCCACGUGGCAGGGGCGAGG